AUGUCUUGGUCGCAUCUCAGCAGGCUGGAGCUGGCGGAUCCAACCUAUGACGUCCCGGCCCCGGUCGACGCCGUGCUCGGCUCGGAUGUCUAUGAUCUGGUACUGUCCGGGCUGGCACUGGUGGAUCAUAGGACGACGGCCUCACAUCGCAUUUCGGUUAACUUUGCGCAAACUAACAAGGAUCUGUCUCGCGCGGUUCAGCGCCUGUGGGAGUUAGAGGAGGUCAGCUCUCAGUCGCCUCCGACUCCUGACGAGAUUUGGGCGGAGCAGCAAUUUUGCGAGACGCAUUCCAAGGAUCCAGACGGACGCUACAUUGUCCGUCAACCAAGGAGAAGAGAAGGAGAAGUCAAACUCGGCGAUUCACGUCGAGCCGCGAUGAUCAUACUCUUGAAUUCCGAGCGCAGACUAGGCACGAAAACGAAACUCCGUAAACGGUACGUCGACUUUAUGGUCGAGUAUCUAGCGUUUGGCCACAUGGACUUGGUAAGUCCUGAAGCUCUCACCGCACGGGAGUCGUAUUAUCUGCCGCACCACGCGGUAUUCAAGACGGGAGACUCUGCUAAUAAGAUUUGA